AUGAACCAUUUUCUUUUUUUAUUGCUUCUCAGAAGAGCAGUCGAGGCGGAGCAUUUCAGAGCAGGAAGUUUGCAGUUUAAAAAAGACGAGGACGGAGUCGUCAGUGUAACGAGAACAGUCGGCUUUCGUCGAUAUUUAGCUGGCUGGGGAAAAGAAGGAUGCGACGAAGAUGACAUUGGUCAAACAUCAGGCAAGAUACUUAGCCACAAGAAUUUCUACCUGCCAAUCGGGGUUGUCGAUAAGAACGAAGAGAACCUUGCAAAGGCAAAACUCGUAAAAUACGAACUGCUGCAGAUCGAGAAAAGUAGCUCCCUCCCUGAUAAUGAGCAUUAUUGCUACGGAAAAACUUUCGAUGAGGCGCUCCCAGCAGCAGUUGAGGGAAACCAGUUCACAAUGACAAACGGCUUUCAUAACGAAGGAUGGACAGUGUUUUUAACUCACGACAACGGUAACACCGGAAAGGGCAAAUAUCAAUAUACGGCGCAUGUCUACGAGUACGACAACAAUUCUCCUCAAUUCGAGCUCCCCGCGAUUUGGUGGAUCAUCGACGGCUGCGAGGAGCAAACUUACUACUUGACGCCGCAGGACCCGGACGGCGACCAAAUCAUCUGUAGAUGGUCAACACUUGAGGAAGCUUCAUUUUUCGCGCACGACAAGGAAGGCUACAAAAACCAUGGCGGCAGCAUAACCCACUGGCCACUCAAUCAGCUUUCUCUCAAUUCAACCAGCUGUGCGGUAACUUAUCACCCUGAGCACGACAAUGGUGGUGGCUACAAACCUAUUGCUGUUCAAGUCGAAGAUUUCGACGACAAUGGCAAUAUCAAAUCUUCCGUCCCAGCGGUUUUUAUCGCGCAGGUUUUCACUCCGGAUAUGGACGAGUCGCUUUUAGACACUCCAUUUACAGUCACUAAUCGAAGAAGAAGAAGGCACGGCGAAGAUAAUGGCGAUAAUAAAUUAAUAGAAUGGAAUCAGUACAGGCCGAACAUCAGACUCCAGCCGAGAAAUACUGAUCAUUGCGAUGGCCUGCCACUCUGGGUUCCACCGACUCCGCCCAAUGAGUCCUUGUUGAUUUACGAAGCGACAGUUUCCUACUACCAAGUCUGGGCAGCUCGCUUCCUUUUUCAAGGAAAUUACUACACGACAGUCCAUCGCGCUCAAUUCUCCCUCCCCGAUGGGAUGACCUGCACAGAAUUGCGAGAAGAUGGCACUGCGACGUGUAAUUGGACUCCAACUGUAGAACAAGUCGGCUUGCACACAGUUUGCGGCCUUUGUUACGAUGUUUUUGAGCGACCAAGUAAUAGAAACUGUGUGAAAAUUGAAGUGAUUCACAAAGAACCGCCCACUGAAAACCCGUGCACGACAAAUCCGAAAGAAGGAAUGGAACGGUUCGAGUUCACUGGACAGAAUAUUCAAAAAGAUUCGAUUUUGCUACUGAAUGCAUUGGAAUCUGAUUUCGUGAUGUUUGAGUCAAGAAAUUCGACUGGCGCAUUCCACGAUUUCAAGGUCAAAACUUACGGCGACCGAGACAUCUCUGAUUUACCGCGCCUGUUUGACAAUAGCCCGUACACAUUUUACCAGUUCGAUCAAGCAUGUGGAAUUACUGAGUCUCCCCAGCUGAUUGAGAUUUACUCGAUCGAAGGGGGAAAGAAAAACAAGUUGCGAAAGGUUCUCUUCGAUUAUCUCGAGCUAACUGUUUACGGUGAUACACUCAGUCUUCCUCGAGCCAAUCUCAGUGACAGUAAAUGGGAUGAACUUCCGGACCAAACCCCAGUCUUUCAAUACAAUCAAAUGUACUUACUUCUCGCUGACGAGAAAAUCCAAGCUUUUCAGAAUCCUUUCAACCCUGGAUCCUUCAUUUUCAAAUCGAAAUCCGGUCCUGUUGUCACCUCGCGAAUCACUCUAGAAUUUCACUCGAAGCAUCUGAAAUUAUCGAAGAUUUCACUAAACUGGUUCGAAUGCGAAACUACUGGCAAACUAAACCCGUCUGUUACAAGCGGAACUUUCGUGGACCCGGAAGACACCACGCAUCCAAUGUGCUAUCGAUACACUGGGGAAGACAGUUUUGAUGAUGACUUGUACACAGGAGAUUACUGGAAAGAGGCAAUUCUUCCUGGAUUUUUUAAUCCUGCACUUGGAUCUCAUUUUGACAGGAGAUACAAUUUUGCUGUUGUGAAGAAAACAAGCGGCGAUUUUUCAGAUUUUGACGAGGUGAAAAAUGCCUGCUCUCAAUUCGGUAUGAGUUUGGUUUACCCAUACAAUGCCGAUGCCAAUGAUUUCUGGCUUGCACGACUGAUUGAGCAGCAAGCGGCUACUCCUGGAUUGCGUCUCAUGAUAGGACUGAUCUAA